AUGAAGCAAAGGUUUUCGUCGAUAGACGUCAAGCUCAUAUGCGAGGAGCUGAGACCAGCUCUUACGGGACUGCGCAUCUCUAACAUAUACGACCUUUCCUCGCGAAUAUUCCUCUUCAAACUAGCCAAACCGGACAACCGAAAACAACUCAUCAUCGACUCGGGCUUUCGAUGCCACCUCACCGAAUACUCGCGCACCACGGCAAGCGCGCCGUCGGGCUUUGUGAGCCGAUUGCGCAAAUACAUCAAGACGCGGAGAGUGACUGCGGUGAGGCAGCUGGGCACAGAUCGGAUCAUCGACAUUGCCCUCAGUGACGGGCUUUUCCAUAUCUUUUUGGAGUUUUUCGCGGGCGGGAAUAUUAUUCUUACGGAUGCCGAGUACAAGAUUAUCGCUCUGUUUCGCCAGGUGCCUGCCUCUGGUGACCAGGAGGAGGUCAAGGUUGGGUCGCAAUAUGCCGUUGAUAAAGCGCAGUACUAUGACGGGGUUCCCAGCUUAUCGCUAGAGAGAUUGAGGGAGACAUUGCAAAGCGUUGCGGAGGCGGCCAAGAAGUCGGAAAACGCACCGAAAAAGUCGAAGAAAAAGGUGGAUGUUUUUAGGAAAGCUAUAUCUCAUGGAUUUCCGGAAUUUCCUCCCAUGCUUUUGGAAGAUGCGUUUGCUGCAACAGGCUUUGACUCCAGCGUGCCCUUGGACCGAGUUUUGGAAGACCAACAGCUAUUUCAAAACGCCAUGGACGUUCUGGAAGAAGCGGAAAGAGUCAUUAAGCAUAUUUCCACAAGAGAUAACAAGGCCGGCUACAUCGUUGCAGUGGAGGAUGCCAAAAAGAAACCCUCUGAUCAAUCCGAAGAAUCAGCUUCCGCAAAGAACCUAUUGUAUGAGGAUUUCCAUCCAUUCAGGCCCCGACAAUUCGAAGGAAAGCCUGGGUACAAGAUACUCGAAUAUGACAGCUUCAACAAGACCGUGGACGAAUAUUUUUCCUCCAUCGAGUCACAGAAACUGGAAUCUCGACUGACAGAGCACGAAGCAGCCGCAAAACGAAAGCUCGACGCAGCCAGAGCCGACCAUCAAAAGCGAACGGGGGCGCUAAAGCAAGCACAGGAGUUGCAUAUUCGCAAAGCACAAGCCAUCCAGGCGAACGUGUAUCGUGUUCAAGAGGCCAUGGACGCGGUCAACGGGCUUAUCGCUCAAGGAAUGGAUUGGAUAGAAAUCGCUAGGUUGAUUGAAAUGGAGCAGGGAAGAAACAACCCCGUGGCGCAAAUUAUCAAGCUACCACUGAAAUUACACGAAAACGUCGUCACGCUGAUACUGAGCGAGGGCAGUGAAGAUGCUGAUGAGGAAGACGAAGAUUCGGAUUUCAACUCGGAAGACGAAGAAAGCGAUCCUGAAAGCGCUCCGAAGCAACGGACUGUAGAGACUCUGACCAUCGACAUUGACCUGGCUCUAUCUCCGUGGUCCAACGCGACACAAUACUACGACCAAAAGAAAGUUGCUGCAGUGAAGGAGCAAAGGACCCUUCAAUCAUCCGAAAAGGCGCUCAAAAGUCAAGAAAAGAAGGUCACCCAGGACCUCAAGCGCAACCUCAAACAGGAGAAACAAGUUCUUCGACCGUCGAGAAAAGCAUUUUGGUUUGAGAAAUUCCUCUUCUUCAUCUCCACAGAUGGAUAUCUUGUGCUCGGCGGCCGGGAUGCACAUCAGGUGGAAUUAUUGUAUAGGCGAUACCUCAAAAAGGGUGACAUUUUCGUCAACGCUGAUCUGGAAGGUGCCAUUCCGAUGAUCAUCAAGAACAAGGCGGAGACGCCCGACGCGCCCAUUCCACCGGGUACCCUAGCGCAAGCCGGAAGUUUUUGUGUUGCUACGUCCAAGGCCUGGGAUUCAAAAGCCCUAAUGCCAUCAUGGUGGGCCCAUGCAAACCAGGUAUCCAAAACGAACGAAAGGGGAGAAAUUAUAGCGUCUGGAGGGUUUCAUAUCAAAGGCGAGAAAAACUUUUUGGCUCCAGCACAGCCUAUAUUGGGCUUUGCCGUACUAUUCCAGAUUAGCAAAGAAAGUAUUUCAAAUCACCGCAAGCAUCGGCUCGACGGGCCCUCGAGUGUGGAGGAGACGGGUGCAGUUAUUUCUGACACACAGGAGGUAGAAACAGGGGGCCGGAGUGACGCAUCCGAAGACGUCGCAGAAAUGGAGGAUGAGGAGGAUGAGGCGGUUCAUGAAGCUGUUGGAGCUGCUACAGAGUCAAAAGCCAACCCAGACAAAGAAGACCCGACCUCUGAUGUUGAAAACGGCGAAGAAGAAGAAGAAGAAACACCGAGAGCAAACCCACUUCAGACAGCAACCAACAAAGGGGCCUCUAGAGACGAGGAGGACACCGAUGACGAUGACGACGACGACGACGACGAAGAUAAAGUCACCGAAACAACAACAGACACACCAACCGAAAUCCCUGGCAAGCAAAACAAACCCAAUACCGCCAGAUCCAACACCCCCACACCAUCACAAAUCUCCUCAACCAAACAGACUGCUACCAAUACAACGCGCGGCAAAAAGGGCAAAGCCAAAAAGGCCGCUCAAAAGUACGCGCAUCAAGACGAAGAAGACCGUGAACUAGCACUACGACUCCUCGGCUCCAAUGCUAACGCCAACAAAGCCGCCGAAGCCGCAGCUGCAAAGGCUAAACAGGAAGCCGACCUCGAAGCUCAGCGUAGACGUCGCCGCGCACAACACGAGCGCGCUGCACAGGCUGAACGGAAACGACAAGAACAGCUCCAGCAAAACGGUGAAGAAGGAGGAGGAGGAGGAGGAGGUGUCGACGAUGAGGAGGAGACCGCCAAGUACGAAGCAGAAGAUAUGUCGUGGCUGCCAGCGCUCGUGGGCACGCCGUUGCCUGAAGAUGAAGUGCUUGCUGCCCUGCCCGUUGCGGCACCGUGGCCUGCGCUCGCCCGAUUCAAAUACCGGGCCAAGCUUCAACCUGGGAAUGUCAAGAAGGGUAAAGCCAUCAAGGAGAUCCUGGGCCACUGGAUCAUAGAGGCCGGCGGGUCACCGGAUGGCGGGAAGACUGCCAAGAAAGUCAUUGCAGAUGAUGUUGCAGAGGGGAUGGAGCGAGCUACAGCUGAGCGAAUGCGUGCUCACGAGGCAGGCCUACUCAAGGGCUGGCGUGAUGUUGAAGUCAUGAACACCCUGCCCGUCGGCAAAGUACGUAUUGUGUCCGGCGGUAGUGCUACAGCCGGUGGCGGCGGUGGAGGAGGUAAAGGAGGAGGGAACAAAGGUGGAGGCGGUGCCAAAGGUGAUAAGGGAGGCAAAGGCAAGGGAGGAGGUCCACAGAAAGGCGGAAAAGGGGGUAAAAAGAAGUGA